CUUACCUUCUCUCGCGACGCCUCCCUCGAUCCCUAUUUCUUUUUAUGGUGUUUGUUCACGCCAAGGCAAUCCGAGGCAGCAGAGAAGCAUCACCGAAAUCCGCCGCCUUCUUGCCCCCCGACCUCCCCUCCCCCUCCAUGGCCCUCCCGGGCGCCGCCGGCCCCCUCGCCGCCUCCUCCGCCCCCGCUGCCGCUGCUGCCGAGGACCCCAGCAAGAAGAUCCGCAAGCCCUACACCAUCACCAAGUCGCGCGAGAGCUGGACCGAGCAGGAGCACGACAAGUUCCUCGAAGCCCUCCACCUAUUUGAUCGUGAUUGGAAAAAGAUAGAAGCAUUUGUUGGUUCAAAGACAGUUAUUCAGAUUAGGAGUCAUGCACAGAAGUACUUUCUGAAGAUUCAGAAGAACGGUGCAAGUGAACAUGUGCCUCCACCUCGACCCAAGAGGAAAGCAGCACAUCCAUAUCCACAGAAAGCCCCUAAAUAUGCUCUACAGAUAUCUCAAGGCACCACUCCACACCAGGCUUCCUGUUUGCUUGAACCACAUUCUGCUUUUGGAAUAGAUACAUCUUCCAUGUCUAGAAACUCUAACACAAAUGAAGCAGUUCCUUCUGGGCUUAACAGUUCUCUCCAUCCUGUUAGUGCAUCUCAUCUGACAUCAGAUGAUAUGGGGCAUGCUGGAAACUUGGUGGUGAAAAAUUGCUGUUCUAGCAGCACAAUAAGUCCUGUAACCUGGCCAACUUGUGAAAUGGCUGACCAUGAAAAUCAUGUCACAGCUCUUCGUGUUAUGCCGGACUUUGCUCAGGUGUACAGCUUUCUCGGAAGUGUCUUUGACCCCAGCACUACUGGUCAUCUGCAAAAACUGAAAGAGAUGGAUCCAAUUGAUGUUGAAACAGUAUUGUUGUUGAUGGGGAAUUUAUCUAUCAAUCUGACCAGCCCUGACUUUGAAGCGCAUAGAAAAUUACUUGCAUCAUUCAGUGGUGGCACAGAGGACUUGGAUUCUGGUAUUGCUAACAACCUCACUUGUGAAACUGUUGCUCCAUUAUGGUGAAAGGUGAAUGAAUGGUAAUUAUGCAGUCUCGAAAGCUAUGGAUUGUACAUCAAUCAUUUUUCCAAGGCUGUGAAGGUUAAACCGAUGAUUAUAUCAAGUGAAGCGAUUGUACCACUACUGGUAUUAGCUUUUGCUGAUACAGUAGCCUUGAUAUCAUAAGAAUGAGGGGUAGUCAGAUUUUUUUUUAAUGCUUCAACCGAUCUUGGCCAGUUAUUAAUAAUCCGAUUUGCCGGGAUAGAGUGUUGUUUGUGUAUAUAACAUUUUGUUAGAUCCAUGGUAGCUUUUUUAUGAUUUGCUAGGUUUGGGAGUAAUAAGGUGAUUCCUUCAUGUAUCUAUAUAUCCUGGUUUGUUUUUCCCAGCUUGAAGGAUCUGUGACCUUGGAGCAUUGAGAUGCUAAAAUUAUUUGCCUAAUAUAUCAUGAAUAAAGGCAAGUUAUUAUGGAA